AUGCAGGGACAUAUUGACAAGGUGAUGCAGAUCGUCCGGGAGCAUAUGGAGGCUGCUCAGCGGGAACAGAGCAGGGCCUGUAACCAGCCCACUCAGCCCCGGGAGUUUCGCCCCGGUGACAAGGUCCUUCUCCUCCUCCCAGAUGCCACCUGCAAAUUCCUGGCCCGCUGGCGGUGGGGCCGGUCAACUAUCGCCUGCAGAAGCCAGGUACGUGCCUUUUUGGGGUUGGCUGGAUAUUAUACGCGAUUCAUGCCCAACUUUUCCUCGAUUGCCUCUCCCCUCUCUGACCUCAACAGGAAGGGACAACCGGACUGGGUGCACUGGAGUUGGGAAGCUGAGCAGGCGUUCGAGGAGUUGAAGCAGGCCCUAACGAGUUCCCCGGUGCUGCGAAACCCCGACUUGCUCUCAAGCCACUUUUUGGUGGUCUUUGCAAUGUGGGCAGGAGCACUGUCUUGCUGA